CAAAUUUAGAUCGCGUUUCAACCACGUCUUUUCCUCGGUCCUGCAGUCGAUGCUUAGGAUUACCCACAAGUCUUAGCGCCAUUUUUCUUAGCGCCAUUUCCGAUUGAGCACGUUGACCGAGGUAAAUUUAAAGAUUCAGUAUUUCCUGCACAAUACAGAAGUGGAUACUGGAUUGGUACCAGCUAUGUCUGUAAAUAUGGAGACUAGUUCUAGAGACAUUGCAACAGUAAGGAGAAGAGAUAGGAUACACCAAUCAAGAAACUCUCAACAAGAUGGUCGGCUCCAAAGAUGCACCAGAUGUGAGUUCACUACCUCAAAACUAGGUGCAAUGGGGCAUCAUACCAAGGCAGUUCACCCAAGGAUGCAACGUGAAUGCGGAAUUAGGGGUUGCAAAGAGGAAGUGACAAAAGAAAAUCUUGACGACCAUGUUGAAAACCACAAAAAUGGUAUCAUUCACAAUAUCAAUCUAGAUAUAGAGGCAGCACCAGAGGAUGUACCAUUCCAAGUAAAAAAGACCUGGCAAAAUACAAAGUGGAGGGGACUCAUUACAAAAUGUUCAGCAACCAAGGUGUCUGACCUGAGGAAGAUGAUAAAAGAGAGAAUCUUACAGUUAUAUGCUCUAACUGGAGAGCAGAUUUGUCUAGUGUCAGUGACACCAUGCCCACGCUCCCCAUAUAUGUGGAAAUUUUCUACUCCGGGAUGUGCAACAACAGUUCUGAGUGGGAAUGCAGCCCGGGCUCUUUCAAAUGACUUGUACAACAAAAUGAAAGUUGAUGGUGCAGACACACGUGAAGAGUUAAGCGAUAGUGGGGACAGAGUUGGUGGUGUGAGUGGAGAGAGAGUUGAUGGUGAGAAUGUGAGUGGAGAUAGAGCUGAUGGUGAGAGUGUGAGUGGAGAUAGAGCUGAUGGUGAGAGUGUGAGUGGAGAUAGAGCUGAUGGUGAGAGUGUGAGUGGAGAUAGAGCUGAUGGUGAGAGUGUGAGUGAAGAGAGAGUUGAUGGUGUGAGUGAAGAGAUAGUUGAUGGUGUGAGUGAAGAGAGAGUUGAUUGUGUGAGUGAAGAGAGAGUUGAUGGUGUGAGUGAAGAGAGAGUUGAUGGUGUGAGUGAAGAGAGAGUUGAUGGUAAGAAUGUGAGUGGAGAGAGAGUUGAUGGUGUGAGUGAAGAGAUAGUUGAUGGUGUGAGUGAAGAGAGAGUUGAUGGUGUGAGUGAAGAGAGAGUUGAUGGUGUGAGUGAAGAGAGAGUUGAUGGUGAGAAUGUGAGUGGAGAGAGAGAUGAUGGUGUGAGUGGAGAUAGAGCUGAUGUUGUGAGUGCAGAGAUAGUUGAUGAUGUGACUGCAGUGAUAGUCAGUAGUGAGUGUGUGAGUGGAGAGUUAGUUGGUGUGAGUGUAGAGAUAGUUGAUAGUGUGAGUGAAGAGACAGAUGAUACUAAGGGUGGAGAGAAAGGUGGUGGAGUGAGUGAAGAGACAGAUGAUGCUAUGAGUGGAAAGAAAGAUGGUGGUGUGAGUAGAGAGAGAGUUGAUGUUGUGAGUAGAGAGAGACUCAGUAAUGAGAGUGUGAGUAAAGAGAGAGUUGGUUGUGCGGGUGUGACUGCAGUUAUAGUCAGUAGUGAGUGUGUGAGUGAGAAGAGGGUUGUUUGUGAGGGUAUGAAUGAGGAGAAAGUCAUUGGUGAGAUUGUGAAUGAAGAGAGAGUUGCCACCAUUAAUGAUAUAAGCGAAGGAUGUACCAUCAAGAGAGAAUACAACAUGUCAGAUGGUGGGACAGAGUGGUUUAGAGGGGUUGUCAGAUCUGUCAGCACAAAAAGAAAAUAUUUCAAGAUACUAUGGGAGGAUGAAACAGAGGAAGAAACAUUAAAUAAAAAACAAAUGACUUUUUGUCUAAAAAACAGAAACAUUGUGAUUCGAUAAUAUGAAUGGACACUGUUAAGGAGAUUUGUCUUUGUUGUGCUUAUUUUCCAAAAUUACAUACCUAUUUAAUACCUAACUAACCCUUUACUUUUCUUUUAUUACAUGUCUGGAAAAUCAAGAUUAUUUAAACUGGU